AUGGUCGAGAAGAUCUACGUCACGUACAACGAUGUGCACAAGCUGUGCCAGGAGUCGGCCGGCAAGCUGCUCGCCGACUUCCAACCGCAGCUCAUGAUCGCCAUUGGCGGCGGCGGCUAUGUCCCCGCGCGCAUCCUGCGCUCGUUCCUCAAGCAGCCCGGCUCGCCCAACAUCCCCAUCCAGGCCAUUGGCCUCAGCCUGUACGAGUCGCUGGGCGGCGAGGACGAGAACGUCGAGACCAUCGGCACCAAGGUCACCCGCACCCAGUGGCUGGACCUGACCGCCCUCGGCGAGAUGGAGAACCUGGUCGGCAAGCGCAUCCUCAUCGUCGAUGAGGUCGACGACACCCGCACCACCCUCGAGUACGCCGUCAAGGAGCUCGAGAAGGACGUCGAGGCCGCCCGGAAGCGCCUGGGUGGUGACCACCCCGAGACGGAGUUUAGCAUCUUUGUCCUCCACAACAAAGACAAGCCCAAGAAGGGUACCCUGCCCCACAACAUGAUCAAGACGCGCUAUCAGGCCGCUCAGACCGUCGGCGACGUCUGGAUCAACUACCCCUGGGAGGCGAUCGACAUCGACGAGCACGACAAGCUGGCCGAUGCCGCCCGGAAGUAA